AUGGCCACGUCUGCUGAUACCACUGCUGCUGUUCCUAUUCACACAUACAGUCCCGGCACACUUGUGUACGAGGUUAAUUUGUCUGUUCCACGGGAGAAAGAGCAAGUUGAGCGCAUUCCAGGAUUCUUGUCCUCCAUGGUUUUUCGGCAGCCCAAGCCAUAUGGAUUACAUUGGCUUUCAGAAGAAGGCAAUAAUAAGACCUAUAUCACAGUUCACUAUGUAAUUGAGUCGCAAGCACACCUUGAACAAUACUUGGCAAAGGAACAACCUACUGUGGCUGCAGCAGAGCAGGAGCGUUUUGAAUUCUUGGUCACUAGUCGUCGUACUCUCAGUGUUGUGUUUUAA